AUGGGCCGCAGAAAGAUCGAAAUCAGAGCUAUCAAGGAUGAUCGCAACCGUUCAGUGACAUUCCUCAAGCGAAAAGGCGGGCUCUUCAAGAAGGCCUACGAACUGUCUGUACUAUGUUCCGUUGAUGUCGCCGUCAUCAUCUUUGGCCAUAACAAAAAGUUGUACGAGUUUUCCUCGGGAGAUAUCAAUGAAACAUUGCGGAGGUAUCAAUACUAUGGACAACCUCAUGAACACAAGGGUCCGAUAGACUUCAAGAACAAAGGCGGUGACGAUGAUGACGAGGAGGACGAAGACGAAGAACAACCAAUCCACGGUAGAGACGGGUCUCUUCCACCACAACAUGCUAUGCCUCAUCCCAUGCCCCAUCACAAUUCCUUUGCGCAUAUCCAGCAACCCAUGGCCUCUGUCUCGCCCCCAAUGCCCAACGGCAUGUUUCAGCCUCGACACGCGACGCCUCAACCUCCUCAUAUGAUAUCCAGACCAGCAUCACAGAAUAUGAUCCGUCGCACCAGUUCCAAUCUUGUUCCCAUGCAACAUCCUCAUCCCACUCCUCCUCCGCCCCAAAAUGGCUUCGCCUAUGUGCCUAAUCCUUCUAUCUACAAUCCUCAAGCCGGCCCUUCUGUGGCUCCCCAAUCGUCGCCCCAGCCUACCUUUCAACAACAAUAUACCCAACCUCAACCCCAGCAGCAGCAGCAGCAGCAGCAGCAACAGCCGCAUCCCACUCCUCCGCCCCCCCCGCCACCAACGCACCAACAAAUACAGCAGGCCCAUCAACAAUACCUGCAGGAACAGAGACGGUCGUCUCAACCGCCGCCCGUGUCACAACCUGGCCUUCAACCUCCCGCGCAACCACAUCCCCGAGUAUCGCCUCAGCCCGAACCACCACAAGGUCUUCGGCCACCGGACCAAUCCAGUCCGCCUCAGUCCAAGCAUGCUCAAUCCAAGUCAAGAAGUAUCUUUACCCCUAUAGAUGAGGGAGGCUCGGUUUUAGCACAGCAUUUCUUUGGCGCUCCGGACCCGCCUCGAAGCCAGCUGAAGAAGGAAGAUUCGCCGCCGGACAUCAAACCUCCACCACGAAGCAUCACUGUUCCUUCUAUUCCUCGGCCGACGUCUCAACCCGUCCGCCCUCAAACGGCUGCUCCGGAAUUUGCUCCUCCACAACGAACGGACACGUCUGGGUCGCGGUCUGGAGGUCGACCUAAAUUGAACUUGCAAAUUCCCUCGGAGGCGGAGGACAACGAAACCGGUGGUGGAGGGUCUCCUUCGCAAUCCGCUGGACCGUCGGCGAAUCCAGCUCGAGGCACCGAUCAUAUUGUCCUGCCACCGCCGUCACCUAGUGCGUCGGCGGUCAUGUCGGCGGGCACAAGUGGGCCUCCCAAUCCGUUCGCGCGACCGCCUCCGCCAACGUCGAAUCAAAACCGGGAUGCCUACAACGACAAUCGCAAUAACAUUGAGACUCCCAUCUCGGCACUGCCCAGUCGGUACAUGAAUAAUGAUCUGUUGCCGAGCCCGAGCAAUUUCUUCAGCGAGUGGUACGAGUCCGGUAGAAGCGGAGGAGGGUUGAAUUCGGCGGUCUUGCCUAGUCCGCUCGUUUUUCCCACGCCACAAGAUUCUAGGGGACUGGGGUUUGGCAGUCGGGAUGCGGCGAAUGAGGCCAACGGAGAGAAGCGCAAAGGGAGUGUAGACCAAGGGGAGAAGGAGGGAGAUGCAAAGAAGGUGAAGAUCUGA